GGGGACUCCGCGGGAGGGAGGAGAGGGAGCCCGCGCUCCGGGGUGCCGGCGCCCGGGCCCCGCGUGCUCGCGGGGGGGCUGUCGCACAGUCGCCAAGUUGUUGCUUCCUCCUUGCUGUCCCCUCCCCAGCUCCUCUCCCUCACGCCCCGGGCGGGGGGGUUCUGCAUAAAACACAUUAAAAGAAGAGUCCUUUCAUUUGUUUGUUCCUCUAGGGUCGCGUGCUAGGGGGGUGCGAGCUCUGGAGUCCUCCGGGAGAGAGCUGGCAGAUGUCCCAAGUGAGAGAGCUUCUUCCUUCAGGGCCUGAAGGGCCGGCGCGAGCAGCUCCGGCUGCAAGCAGCUUUUUGAUCUCCCUCCCUCGAGAAAAAUCUGGGAAAGCGAAUAUAGCUGUAGGAGAGAGAGACAUAAUACAGCCUUCCAAUAGCCGAAGCAUACAACCAGAGAUACAAGACCAGUCUGUCUGGGGAAAUCGCACUGAUGGUGACCUCGUCAGAACACAACCUCAACGCCUGCCUCAGCCAAAUACUUCAUCACUGGAAAAGAGUGAAGAAGAAACUGGCAAGAUACAAAAUGGCCACGCAGGUCUGAGUAAUGGAAAUGGAAUUCACAAUGGGGUGAAGCAUGCAUCUACAGAUAACAGAAAACUUUCAGCACCUGUUUCACAAAAAAUGCACAGAAAAAUUCAGUCUAGCUUGUCUGUCAACAGUGACAGCAGCAAGAAGAGUAAAAUAAGCUCUGCAUUUUCUCAGAAACCAGGUUCUUCACCAGAAGCUCUCUCUACACCUGAGCAGCCAAGAAAGGAACAAAAGAAAUUGUACAAGCUUGAAGAUUGCUGCGUUCACUGUAUCCUGGCAUGCUUGUUUUGUGAAUUUCUCACCCUCUGUAAUAUUGUUUUGGGCCAAGCAUCCUGCGGCAUCUGUACUUCGGAGACCUGCUGUUGUUGCUGUGGGGAUGAAAUGGGGGAGGACUGUAACUGCCCAUGUGAUAUGGAUUGUGGCAUAAUGGACGCUUGCUGCGAAUCAUCAGAUUGCUUAGAAAUAUGUAUGGAAUGCUGUGGGAUUUGUUUCCCCUCAUGAAAUAUUUAUCACUUUUUAUUUUAUUCUAUUAAAAACUGGAGAGCUUUUCUUUAAAUACUUUUGAAGAAAGACAAGGUAAGAUUCUCACACAGCAACUUAGUAUUUGCACUGUUUAACUCCCUUGGUGUAAACAAAAAGAUUAAACCUCUACUCUUAACAAAUAUGUUACAAUUCAGCUUGUGAAAUUUAAAUUGUUUUCCAGCCCUCUUUUGGCUUUGCAAAUAUACGAGUUUAUUGAAAUCAAAUUAAAAGCUUGCUAUUGCAUAUCUAACUUAUGUAGAAUUGCCAUAUGAAGUUAGUGAUUUUACAGGGGCAAGAUUUCACCUGCUAUGUCUCAAAACAGAAGAAACUUCUUAUAUCUGACCUGUAUUAUCUUUCUUAAUGUUACUUGAAAUCUUCACUCUUACCACCAGAUUUUGAAGGCUUAGGUAAGGAUAAAUGUAUCUUUUCUUGGUUGGACUAGAUGAUAAAAUAACUACAGCUAUAAAAUGGAGAUCAUCAAAAAAUAUUUCAGAUUUUAAACCUAUACUUGAAUCUGCCUACUAAUUUUUGUGGUUUUACAACCACAUUUUCUCUUUCUACUGUUGUAAGAAAGAUCCAUACAAAAGGAAGGAUAUAGCUGAUAAGCAAAAUAGUAAACCUGACUAAACACGAAGUGUAAUCAUCAAAUGCUGAGGGUAAACUUCAAUAGUAUAUUAUUAUUGUCACUUUUUUAAGUGUUACUUGCAAAUAACAGCGUGGGAAGUUUUCAAAAAUGUUACAUUUUUAGGUCAUUGGUAUCCUUUUAAACUAGGAGACAUGAAAUAAUUGCUUUAAAAACAUCGUAUUCAAUGGCCACAGUUUUAUCUUAACAUCCUGUAAAUACAGUUUUUUCAGUAAGUCUUGAUUUUUUUCUCUGUGUUAUUGAGAGCAAAAAAGAUCCAGCAUAGCUAACUAUUAGAGAAUUUCCACAUGUUGGGAAAUAAUGGUGCCCAUUUACCUUAGCAUCUGUUAGUUUUUUCUUGGUACUCAUAGCUAAUUAUCUGAACCACCUGUACAUGUUGAUCUGACAUGUUUACUUUGCUUUGUAUGCUUCAGAUUUCCUAUUUAUAGUUUAUUGGUUCAGCUAACUUUGGUAACAUAACAACUGUCCCUGAUGGACAAUAGCACAUUUCCAUAUAUUGAAUUGAAAGUAAGUGAUUCUUUUCACUGUAUAGAAGACAGUUUACACAAAUGUGACAAAUGAAAAAUCACAGGAAUGUGAAAUUGACCAAGUCAACACAUUGUCUAGUCUUAAUCUAGGGCCUGGUCUGGCAAACACUGACUAGUAGUGCUUACUACUGCAAGAUAUCACUGAUAAUAAAGUAGCUUUAUUCUCAUUGAUUUUGUUGAGCUAGGGAGGGGCUUCCUUCUACUUUCAAACCUCCAGCAAGCAUUGUGGUAUAUUCCAGUUUAAAUGUGGAUUUAUUCAGAAGUUAUCUCUACAUGUAUAGGGCCAGAUUCUGAUUUCAUACUAAUAAAAGCCAGGUGCAUCUCCAGCACCUUCCACAGCUAUAAUUUCAUUAAGGAAGCACUCAGAUAUUAUGGUAAUGGGCACUAUAAUAAAGAGCUACAUGGUCAAAGUGAUAAAAAUUGCUAAGCUCAGAAUCAGGCCCAUGGGGCUCAGUUACAACUACAAGAGUCUGAACCACCCUGGGAAAAAGGAAGAGGCCCACUAGCUGAGUGGCAGUGCCUGGAGGCAUUUUGCCUUUGUAAAGGCAUAAUGCUUCUGGAGAAAUUGGAGGCACCAUGUGAGAACACUGCGAUUUGCUGCACCUUGGAAAAAGUGUAGACAGUACUUUGAGUGCAACUCUAGUGGAUGACAGUGGUGUGAGGACAUGCUCUCUGGGGCCAUGUGGCACUGAAGACUAUGCUAGCUGUACUGCCCUCUGUAUUUUGUAGCACAGACAAUUAAAUUAUGGCUGUCUAGUAUUUGUGUGUGCUUAUGUAGUAGGGUUGAAGGACUUCCUGUGUACCUUCCUUGUGGUGAACUCUUGCCAGAGCAGUCACAAUGUGAUUUUGAGGUUUUUGGAAAACUAUGCAUUUGCAUUUGGGACUUUUAAGUAAACAUUGAAUUUUAAGAAUUAUUCACAAUUUCUAUUGGAAAUAAAAUAGCAGACCACAGGCUAUUUUAGCACGCACAAUGACAAUUCUGACCUAUGAAAACUCCUUUUUCCCUGAUUUAAAGUUUGCUCAUUCAUGUAGAUUGUUAUAUACAGACCUUUCUGCUUGUUGAACACUUUAAAAACUGGGAAAUGUUGUCACUUUUGGGUGGUUGGAACUCAAAAAUAAGCUGGGGAAUACAUGUACUUCUUUUUCUUUCCUAAUGUCCAAAUACAAGAGAUAUGUUUAUUUUUUUUCAGAAUUAAAAUCAAAAUAUUUAUAUGCAUCCAAUUUUUAUGUUUCUUUUAUGCCCAUCUGAUUUCUUAAAUAGUAGAAAAUGAAUAUACUGUCUUGAUUAUAAAGCAUUGUAUUGACUGGGAAAUACCAGAUUAUUUUAGAUUUAAAUCUGAAAAUAAAAUGUUGAUUGUGUAAUUUUUUUACUUUUAAACACAUUCUGCUACUAUUUGUCAUAGAAAUACUAGCACUUUUGUAAUAUUUAUCUCUGUAGCAGGGAAUAUAUUAGUAUGUAGUUUAAGGAGUUUAAUUUUUAUAUUUAUAUUCUUAAAUUUUUCCUUUAUGUCCACUUUAUAGGCAAUCUUAUAAGCACCUUUUGCAUUAAGAACAAGCAGAACUAGAAAUAGACAAUGUGAAAGUGUAGCUUAAAUAAGAAAAUCAGUACUUGUCUAAUUUAUAAAAUUUGUGGUGGAUAAUUACCAUGUUUCAGUGUUACAGUUUACAACUGAGAAACUGGCCCCAUUUCAAAGGGAAAAAAAAUUGGUAACUUGUUUUUUUAUUGUAUAUUAACUGGAUCUAUGUUAUUCUAAAACACUAUUUUGAAAUAAAGAACUUUAUUUUGAAA